UAGUAUAGAUUUAAAAUUUAGAUAGCACGUACCUGAACCAUAUUUACAUUGAUCAAUAGCCAUGCUACCUACUGUUGUACAUCCUACCACUUUGAUAAAGAGCUAUGUAAUCUAAUCUAAUAGUUAGUGCAGUGCCGCACUUCCACCUAAAACUGCGCCCUUUGUUCUCACGAGUAUUCUUCUCUUUAUACUUUACCUACAUAACUAACGUUAUUAAGUCAUAUUGUCUAGGCAUUAUGAACAACACUAUACGCUUAGCCCUAGGAAUAAUGGGUUCCGUUCCACCCGAAAAGUUUUAAUAGUUACCUACUUACUAUAGGUUACUAGGUAUACUCGUACUUAUCGACCUAUGAGGGGUGGAUGAAUAACCAAAUUGUAUAAUGGUGUAACAGCAUGUUAUAAUUAGACCUAUCAUUAUUGAUUUGGUGGACAGUUUUUAAAACUUGCCUUGACAUGUAAUUAUUGCUUAGUUUUUAAUAUUCAGUAAUUACGCCGAGAAGCACGCCAGUACGUGAGACAAAUCAGUUGUUGAAUCAACAAAAUUAAGCCGUAAAGGAAAAACAUUUUCACGUAGCAGAUAUUCAGUAACGUUUCAAACGCGUUCUUGUACGUAUUAAUAAAACAUGUACUGUUUUUCAAAUAAGUUUUUGGGAUAAAUGGUAAUAAAGUGAGGACAUGGUGUUCACAGUGCAUGGAAAUUGAUAUGGAAACUAAUGGAUAGUGAUGAGUGAGUCGUAUAAAGAACAACAUCCGUUGUUGUACGAAGACCUGUCUGAUGAGGAGCAGUUCAGUCCUCGAUACCAGAGACAAUUCAGACCUAUGGUGUUCAGAGGAAGAAGCAGGAGCAAAGUGAAGGGAGCAGCAGCAGUCAUUCGACUUUGGCCAGAACACUGGUCAUCUUCAGUAGCAUACUGGUGGAUGGGAAUCGGCAUGAUCGCGCUAAUAACCUUCGUGGUGUACAACAUUGUGGCCUCUGCGGCUGUCCUACCGCCUGCCACCUACAAGGAAAUGCGCAUGCGAGCGCUUAACGACGCCGUCACCCCAGCACUGGAUAAUUCCCUAACAUCCUUCAAUGUUUACAUGCAUGUAUUUAUCGAAAAUAACCAAGAAAUAGAUCUGAACAGUUAUUUACCAUACAUCGACAUUAUAGCCAAUAAAUAUUUAGAUUUUAAAUAUCAUCUAAUUCUAGUACACAACGACACAACAUCAAAUACGAAUAUUCUAAGCGCCGAAGAAAAUAAUGAAAAAGCAUUCGAUUCGCUUUGGGCCGGGAACAGCGUACACCAAUCCCCCAAAAAUAAUGUCAAUGUUGAACACGUUGCUCUAAGCAAACUUAUGGAAAAGUCUCCCCUUCGACAGGAUUGGAAACAUAUACCGAAGCAAUUUAUAGAAUUUUUGACUAGAGCUACAUCAAUUUGGGACAAAGGCGGCAUAGCUUUCAAUCCCACAAUCCUAACGCCCCGAUCACCGCAUUCAAUUUAUAUAGAAAAACUUCAAAAUAUCCUGAAAAACUUUCACCGUGUUGCUAAAAAGACUUUAAAUGACCGAAAAGCUACCAUAAACCACCAUCCUAUUAUGAAGAAGAAAGUAAAUAACAUUCGAGAUAUAAUAGAUGCCAUGGAACAUGAUGACGAUGAUCUUCCUCUACACAGCUCCAUAGAUUCAGAUGUCAAGAAAAGUGCAAGCGUUGGCCCUAAGCAGUCACGUGAUUCUAUGUUUUCCAAUGGGUCUAACACUAGUAAUCUUCAGAAAACUCAUCCAAAAUUAGCUAUUAUUGACUUCAAAAAUAAAACUUCCAUGGAUAAUAAAAAAAUGCAUGAUUCACAAGAGACAUUAAUGAUGGCUGAAUCAAAAAGCAAUUUUUCCAUUCAACCAGCAGAAAGUAUUAAUGGCACGUUUGGAAUUCUACCAAUGUUUUUGGAAUUUUUGUUCAGAAAUAAAGCUGAUUUGAGUACACCAACGAGUGUAAGCCGCGAUGAUUCAAUAACUGUUACUAGGAAACGUAAACAUGUAUUACCUGAUCAUAUGAAUAGAAGUUUCGAUCAAGAGCCUUCUGAUAAUCUCAAGAAAGAGACCAAGAAUUUAGAAGUGGUAUUUAAUUCUGCUAAACAUACCCAUGCUGUUAAUAAUGAAAGUUUUAUUGAAACGUCCAAAGCAAAUAACGUUAAUCAGCUUACUAUUGAUUUGAAAGGAAAUAUUGUAUCGUCUGAGGUCUCAUGUCAUGCUUUCUUAGGAACCAUGUUUAGUAAUGCUGUUCAUUCAAACCCUCAAGAAUCUAUUACAGAUUUUAUUAUUGCUGAAUUAUCCAUCUUUUGCAGAGGAGUAUUAUCAUCAUGCAAUGGAAUUGACGUGAUUUUGCCAUAGACUCACCGUUAUUGAUAUACCUACUUUUAUUGUUGUACUGUUAAACUAUUA